GCCGGGACUAGCGCCGUCGACACCGGUUGCACAUCCAGCAUAGCUCGCUCCGCUGUUGCUUGCCACCUCCUUCGUCUUGCAUCUGCCCCCCGGCCACAUGCUCUACCCCACAAUUCCCUGUCCAGUCAGCGCCCUUGUCGACCCCACAGCCGGCUUGCCCGCCGUGUCCCGCACCGUCCGGCUUGCCGAGGGUUUGACGACGAUUCCCCGGUCCGCCAACCAAAAUAAAUAUCGCUUCGAUCCGCUGCCGAAAUUUCGCCCUCCAUUGCCGGCAUAGCCGCUUCCCCCCAGCAUUCCGAAUCCGCUCGCUCCAGCAUUCCCAAUCCGCUCUCUUCCCACGCUCCCUCCCCUCUCCUCACCGCGCUGAGUCUCCGUCGCGCACCAUUCUGUUGAUUCUCUGUUUCCGAGUGCUUUUGAGUCUCGUCACUGGCCCUCCGUCAUCCCCUUCUCGCGUACACACAUCCAUCCGUCCAUGUCCACCCUCUUUACCUGCAACCAGGCAGACUGUUCAAACUGCCGGGGACUGCCCUCCGCCGCAACUCCAGCUGGCCAGGCGGAUCCCUAUGCCAAUCUUCCCGAGCCCCGUAGCCUCAAGGGCCUCGUCGAGAUCCUGCACACUGAGCUCCAAAUCGACAAGGAGUGCGUCGACCCGGAGCGCAUCCGUCGCAUCAUGGAGAGCUACAAAUCAAACCCGGACGACUGGACACAGUAUGCGUUUCUGGACCGAUCCAAGGCCUAUACCCGCAACCUGAUUGACGACGGCAACGGGCGCUUCAACCUCAUGCUCCUGUGCUGGAGCGAGGGCCAGCGGAGCGCCAUCCACGACCAUGCAGGGUCCCACUGUCUGAUGAAAGUUAUGGACGGCCAGAUUGUCGAGACCCAGUUCGAGUGGCCCGAGGGCGACGUCGAUGUCUCGUGCCCACACUCGAUGCAGCUCAAGCAGAAGGCACUCUAUUCCCGGGACCAGGUUGCAUACAUCCAUGACAAGAUCGGGCUGCAUCGGGUGUCCAACCCUUCCAACGACGCCCCCGCCAUAUCGCUGCACCUGUACUCUCCGCCCUACGACAUGUGCAAGACCUUCUGCGAGGAGACUGGCCAAUCCCGCGGCUCGGGUCGAUGUCUCUUCUACUCCAAGGGCGGCAAGCGCUGCGACCGCGGGCUCAUCGAGAGCCGUGCACUGCAAACCUCCUCGCCCCUACUGCCGCGGAGACCCGAGAGCCCGUGUGUUGUGGGGUCCGAGUCGGAUAGGCCUGCCUCGCCGAUGCGACCGCCCUCGCUGUCGGCGCAGAGACAGCCGCUCUGCAAUGCGAAUCGCGGCUGCCACCCGCCGAGGAACAGCCGCAUUGGCGGGGGCCCGCAACAGGCCAAUGCGCCGGCCAUUGCAUGUCUCGGAUGCGGAUGCAAGAUGCAUGACAGCAACCACACUGGCAGCCUCCAGCGCCCAGGCCCUUCCCUGCCCCAUGCCUCCCCACCGAAACAUCGUGCUGCGCUGCUGAUGCAAGCACCGGCGACCGCAUGCCGGACCCACCCGCAUCAGAAGACGCAAGACUCAGCGUGA